GGAACGGGAAAAUAAAAAUGAAAGAUGGACCCACCCUCCCAGUAGAGCACCAGUAUCAGGAAGAAUACACUGGGAAGGAGAUGACAAUCUGUCAGCCCCCGACACUUUUUCAACUACCUGCUGGAAAUGUCCCCAUUUUCCUUUAGGCCCUACUACCAGAUGACCCCUGCAAGCCUCCUUAUCCUCAGCCCUGAAGUCAUCACAAUGGCCACUUGGGUUCUGGCUGGGGUGGGGCCCUCUACGACGUCAGCAAGGGCCCAGCCCUGGCUGGUCCUCAGUCUCCAGGUGCCAGGGCAGACCAGCACACCAGGAGCCAUUUCCUCUCGGCUCACAUGUGGUCCCUGAAAUCGUUCCUGUGCUUUUCCAUGGGUGUUACCUGUGUCUACGCCUAAUGUUUACUUCUCUGGGAAAGAAAGCCAAAGAAAUCCAGGGGAAGAUGCUCUGCAGAGGGCACUUUUUAAUUUGGCAGAAUCGACAAGAACAUGCUCAAGACUGGCUUGAGAUCACGUUGCUCUGGCUUUUCUUCAUUGUCCUGAGGUACGUGACAGUGAAGUUGGCAGGAGAGAGUGGCCACAGUAAAGUGCAGACUCCUGCUGCCCUUCAGGCCCGCUCAUUUGGCUCUCUCGGAAGGCAAAAGGAAAAGACAUCCUCUGAAGAAGACUAUAUGUUCCAUACAUUAACCCGGCUCGAGAUGGAUCUUGUGAAAUUUGUGUCCAGUGUGCGAAAUCUGAAAAUCACCACAUCAACCGGUGGUAACCUCAAGCCCCUCAAUGUCGAGAUUCCUGCAGACCUAUGAGCUCUGGGGCAACGAAGAAUCCGACUGAGUGGAUUUGUGAGUCAAAGCAGGAAAGGAAUUGUUGAGAGUUGAUAUACCUUAUCCAAACUAAUAAAACUAUUCUGAAGCAAA